UCUUGCUGCAUCCGUGGCUGCAGAACCCGGAUGAGCCGGUCAGCUGUUUAUCAACCAUGAUAAAUAAUGUGCAAGGAUCGCAGGACACUGUCAGCAUGGAUCAAAACCCCGAUGAACGCACGCAAAGCCAAAGCCACAGGUGUCAGCUGCUGGACCUGCCGUGGGAGGAUGUGUUAGUUACACACGUGUUCUGUUACCUGCCGCUGCGGCACCUGGUCAGUUUACAGUGCGUCAGCAAGAGCUUUCGUUCUCUCGUCCAGGUGUAUCUGGCCAACUGCCGGAAGUUUGACCCCACACAGACAGGGCCUCAAAUUCCUAAAGAAGCCUUCUGCUCAAUGCUUCGCCACAAUCAAGUUCUCCAUCACCUCUGCGUCAGCAACUGCUCCGAUUGGAUCACAGACAAAGAGCUGCUGCCCGUGAUUGGUCAGAACCAGCACCUGCUGCGUGUGGACCUGCGUGGCUGUGUUCAUCUGAGCCGUCAUGCGCUGGUGGCCGUGUCUCUGAGCUGCCCACGGCUACAGCAUCUGACCCUGGCUCACUGCGAGUGGGUGGACAGUCUGGCUCUGCGCAGCCUGGCCGAUCACUGCCCGGACCUGCGCUCGCUGGACAUCACCGCCUGCAGACAGCUGAAGGACCAGGCCGUGUGUUACCUGGCGGGGAAGUGUCCGGAGCUGCGCUCGCUCUCUGUGGCUGUUAACGCCAACAUCACGGACACCGCGGUGGAGGAGGUGGCCAAAAAGUGCCGAGAGCUGGAGAGGCUGGACCUCACGGGGUGUCUGCGAGUGAGGAACGAAGCCAUCAGGACGUUAGCGGAGUACUGCCCCAAACUGCAGUCUCUCAAAGUGAACCACUGUCACAACGUAACCGAGUCCAGUUUGGGCGUUCUGCGCCGGCGUGACGUGGAGAUCGAUGUGGAGCCUCCCCUGCAGAGGGCGCUAGUGCUGCUGCAGGACGUGGUGGGGUUCGCUCCCUUCAUUAACCUGCAGAUUUAACACAACAUCUGGACCAUUCUUAAGGUCCUCUCUCUCCUCCACAAUCUUUCUCUGGAAGGCUGGAACACUUUUACACCAGAAGACACAACCAUGAAUCCACAUUUCAAGCGCUUGAUUGUUUUAGUGUAUUUUAGCAUUUAAAAAGAAACUUUCUUUGGUGUGAAACCACGCUGAAGGCUUUCAGAAUGAGGCCUCGAUCAAAUCUGGUCCCAUUGUUGUUAUGAUCAUCAUUAAUAGGACGUUAGUUAAAAAAAAUAUUAUUUAUUGAAGCAGCUCUCUGUUUUCAUGCAGGAACCAAAUGUUGUAUCAUUUUGCACUCAUGAAAUACUGAAAUAUUUGCACUUUAUUUCAGUACAUUACAGUCCUUUAGCUUUACUGGACCAUCAGAUUUUCUCUCAGCUUCAUUUGACAGACCUAUUAAUCAAUCAAGUCAUGUUUUACAGUAGCAAACUGGUAUAUUUAGAGCUCUGUGUUGAUUGUAUUACCAUUAACAUAAUAAUAGAAAAGAAUGGCAUCAUUAUGUUUAGGAACUAAACACUAGAUUCUUAUUUACAUGUGAUUUUUAUGGAUAUUGAUUCAUAUGCACUUUGAAACCUCAGUUUGAAAAAGAUCGAAGCUGCAAAAUCAGAAUGGGUGCUGAUUUACUUCACAGGUUUGCAUAAAUAAGAUAGAUCUUGUAGUAUUGCUUUCAAAUUGGACUUUUUGCAGGGGUUUCCCUAUAUGUUGCAUUCAUAAUGCUUCAUCAAGAUCCUAUAUGUAUAGAACUGAAACAUAUUUAUAAAGUGUGGCCAGGUCUGCAUGUGGUUAGCUGUCACAAUGGGCUUCUUUUGAAUGCUGGAGGACUAUAUUUUUUUGCUUUAUGAGUAUUUCAGAAAGUAUCAGGAUAUUUAUCUUUUCUUCUUCUUCAUUUUUUGGAUAAUUCCUCGACAUUUUAAGUUCACAAUGGUAUAUGAUUUUUUGCACAUGCACUGUGCUUUAAUGUUUUGCUUUUGUAUAAUUCCGUAAUUGUGUGGUUGUAAAUCAAGUGCAUAAAUGUUUUAUGCAAAUUUCUGAAAGAGUAUAAAGUCUUAAGCAAUAUUAAAAUAUUAUUUGGUCUUGGA